AUGUCACUGUUCGCUGUACCUCAGCGGGAUAGGAAGGUUGAUUGGGGCAAGCUGGUUGACGUAAGCCUGAGCUUGCAGGAGAUCGAUGGCGCUCUUCCGUUCUGCCGCCGUGACCGUCGUGGAACCGUGGGUUCGACCAGCAGCACCUGGAGCAACUUGGUCUCGAGUCCUGCAGUAGACUGUUGAAUCGCCACAGUUGCCGCCGCUUCCCGCGCCGCUGUUGUU